AUGAGCUCCCCCGGCCGAGUCUGUGCUCGCUGUUCUCGCAUCAAACAACGAUGCGACGGCGGCCUUCCGUGUUCACGAUGCAAACGUCUCGGUCACAUAUGCACACCGCGCAGUCCGUCCGAUAAGGGAGAUCCGGUGGCUGUGAUACGACGGCCUAGAGCAUCGCGCUCCCGCAGCGGGUGUCUGUCCUGCAAGGCGAGGAAGAAGAAGUGCGAUGAGAAUCGCCCGAGAUGCAGCGAUUGCCGCCGACUGAAUACCGCUUGCCAGUGGCCCGUCAAUACUGAUGAUGCAGACAACGUUGUCUCUUCUCCAGCAUCUCAUGCGACGGUCUCGACAAUCGCUGAUCCGAUGGAUGAUUCCGACGGCGAUCCGCAGGGUCUCGACUUAACCCCUCUGGACGACGAGGAGUUUAUUGCCACGCUUUUCCCACAUCCAAUACCCAAACAGAUCACGUUUCUUCCGAUUGAUAGGUCACCGAUUUCCGCAAAUCCAUACCUGCGCAGUGACGAAGACCGAUCGCUGUUUAACCACUAUGUCCACGUCGUAGCCCGUGCCCUGUCCCGAUCACACGAUCCUGAUCGGAACCCAUUCCUAAUAACGCUCUUGCCGCUGGCGGCAGCGUCGGACACGGUGACGAGUGUAAUUUUGAGUCUCAGUGGUUGCCAUUGGAAGCGAGUGUAUCCAAGCAUUUGGAGAUCCGCCUUGAGGCGACAGGGCAAAGGUCCCAUUCCCGAUCCACCCCUUGGAUUGACCCAGACUAACACCCCUGCAGCAUUAACUCAGGUGAACACGCUUCUCGGCCGGCCGGAUCGUCAAUGUAUCUUCGAGGCGUGCGUCACGGUGCUUUUGCUAUGUCUAACCGAGCUGUUCGACGGCACAUCGCGCGUAUGGAAAUGGCACCUCAAAGCCGCCAGUGCCAUCCUCAAGUCUCCAGCAUUCCAGAACCUCGUCUCAACCGAUGAACAGACAUUCUGUAUCAGUCUUUUCCACUAUUUGGACUCGAUGUCCACCAUCUCCAGGUGCAAAGCACCUCUCCUCCGUGAUGGCGAUAGCAUGACCGAGUUGACCACGUCUGUCCGGCGGAGUAGCGCGCCGGAGCUCGAGCGCAGCCAGUCCACCGAUGCAAUAUACGGAAUCUCUCCUGCCCUAUUUGAUUACCUGGGGACGGUCAACCUGCUGGCGAAUCAUCGGAGCAAGCGCGUGGACGAGUUAUCCGAGAUUGGCUUCCGAGCGGCGGCAACUCAUCUGGAGAAUCGGAUUGACGAGUGGAGGGCGGAUCAAAAUCACGUUGUGGAGCAGGAGCCCGACACGGAGCAUGCCACCACUGCAUUUGAGUGGGCGAUCCGAUUGCGCCUGCACCAGGUGGUGGAGGGUUACGACCCGUUGCAUGCCUUUGUUGAACGAGCCAUUGUAACGAUCCUCGAUGCCGUGCAGGAGAUCCCAUAUGCCAGCCGAGUGGAGGGGUGUCUUCUAUUUCCAUUGGUAAUCGCUGGGUCUAGCAGUGUCAGCAUGGAACGGCGCAUGAUGGUCAAGGAGCGACUGAUGGUGAUGGAGAAUACGCUAGGGUUCAGUCAUAUCCAGUACGCACGACAGCUACUGGAGACGGUGUGGAGUGAAGCGGAAGGCACGGGAGAUAUGAACUGGGCCUCGGUACGAUACAGUCAAUUCCCCGGUGUAGUGUUUGUCUAG